CGGUCCUGCCUAUGCUCUGUUUCUCCGGCGCCAAACGUACUUUCUCUGAUACAAAGCAGAGUUUUUAAGAAAAAAGACCUUUGUUUUUCGACUCUGCAAUCCGAUCCCUCAAUUUCCCCAUUCGUGUUUCUCUCCGUAAAAUCGCCCUCUAUUUUCUAGGUUUAGGGUUCGGUUUUCGAAUCACAGACCGCCAUGGCUGACUGGCAGCAGUUCCUACAGUCCAUAUUCAUAGGCCUUCUCUUCUCCUACCUUCUUGCCAAGCUCAUCUCCGUAGUCCUCUCCUUCAAAGAAGAUAAUCUCUCAAUCACCCGCGAUACAACCCAUGCUGAAUCCUCAAAACCCGGGACUGCCCAUGGAUCCGACCCGCAUGGGCAUGGUGAUUUGGGGAGUGGGUUUGAGGUGGAGUCCGUGAUGGCUGAAGUGGGUAGCGUUAGAAAUGAGAGUUUGGUCGGCACUGAUAACGAGGAUGAUGAUGAUGAUGAUUGGGAGGGCGUGGAGAGUACGGAACUGGACGAGGCGUUUAGUGCGGCUACCACGUUCGUGGCGGCAACUGCGGCGGAUCGUGCGUCUCACAAGGUCUCCACCGAUGUGCAGCUGCAGCUAUAUGGGUUGUACAAGAUUGCCACUGAAGGGCCUUGUAGUUCCCCGCAGCCUUCUGCAUUGAAAAUGACGGCUCGCUCUAAAUGGCAAGCUUGGCAUAAAUUGGGUGCCAUGCCUCCAGAAGAUGCAAUGCAGAAGUACAUUGAUAUUGUUACAGAGCUAUUUCCGACUUGGGCUGCUGGUGCAUCUCUGAAGGGCAAAGAUAAUUCUCCAAGAAAAGAUGCUAAGGGACCAAUGGGACCUGUUUUCAGCUCUUUCAUAUAUGAAGAGGAAUCUGGAAAUGAGAUGAAAAUGGAUGUUAUUCAUGCUUUUGCCAGAGAAGGAGAACUGGGUAAUUUGAUUAAAUGCAUUGAAAGUGGUGUUUCAGUGGACUUGAAAGACAGCGAAGGUCGGACCCCAUUGCAUUGGGCAGUAGAUCGUGGCCAUCGUAACAUCACUGAAUUGCUUGUUAGCAGGAAAGCUGAUGUGAAUGCAAAGGACAAUGAAGGUCAAACUCCUUUGCAUUAUGCUGUUGUGUGCGAGAGGGAGGAUAUUGCCGAAUAUCUUGUGAAGCAAAAUGCAGACAGAGAUGUAACGGACAACGAUGGCAACUCCCCUUGUGAUCUUUGUGAGAGCGAUUGGCCAUGGAUGCGGCAUGGUGAUAAAACUGAAUGACCUGGAGUUUAUAUCAUGAGCUCCAGCUGUAGUACCCAACAUAUUUCUUCUUGAUGUAUAUGGCCAUGCAUAAACCUUUCGAUCCAUCUUUACUGAUUUGCAAAUGUUGUGGGGCACUGGAGUUCUUACCCCAGCCUUCUUUUAUCUCCUAAUCAAAGAGGAGAAAAUGCAUUUGUGAACUAGCUGGUGAUAUGCCAUUACUGUCUUUUUUGCUAUUGCCAUCGCUGCAGUUACCAGCAAUGGCCUGACACUUGUCAUGCCUAUUAGCAAAAUGAUAAGUGAAGCAAUGAAAUGAAGGUUAUAAGAUUUU